AUAAUGUCGGUAUGCAAAGAGUGUCACCUGCGCUCCGGGGUCCCUGACACCCCAAGACGAUACCAAGUCGGUAUGCAGACAGCGCUACCGAUGCAUUGGGGUCCCUGACACCCCAGAUACCAUAAUGUCGGCAAAUGCAAUUACAGCUGGGAGAAUUUGCUGUUGAUAAAUUAGAUUUAAUAGAGGAUACAAAAGGGAAUGCAGGUGAAAGAGGAAGACUUAUAGUAACAAACCUUAGAAUUAUAUGGCAUUCUCUGCUUCUGCCUAGAAUUAAUCUAAGUAUUGGCUAUAAUACUUUCAUAACAGUGAAUUCUAAAACUAUUCACACUUUACAUGGAAAAUAUAUGCAAGCUGUACAUAUCUUAGCUUCUUUCCGAAACUGCAGAUACGAAUUUAUAUUUAUAAAUCAAGAUUCAAAAAGUACAAGACACUUUACAUCUGUUAUUGGUAUAUACAGAGCGUACGUUUCGUCUAAAAUUUAUCGAGAAAUUAAGUUAAGAAGUGGAAUAAUCAAUGACAAACGAUUAAUCCUACUACCACAAGAAACAAUUCAUUUAACUCUGCAAGAUAUUUGGAAUUUAUCAUUAGAGCAGGGAAAUAUUGGAACCUUCAUUGUAACAAAUAUACGUUUAGUAUGGUUUGCUGACAUGAAUGAUCAAUUCAACAUAUCAAUUCCUUAUCUUGUAAUAGAAAAAAUCUCUAUAAAAAAUUCAAAAUUUGGCCCAACAUUAGUCAUUGUAAGUACAGAAUCUAGUGGAGGCUAUAUAUUAGGAUUUCGAGUUGACCCUAUUCAGAAGCUUUAUUCUCUUCAUAAAGAAAUUUUAACGUUGUUGAAAACAUUCGAAAAAUUUCCUAUUUUUGGUGUCGAUUAUACAGUUGAACAUCAGGCUUCGUUACAACAAGAUUUCAAUGUAGAACAACAAUCUGAAAUACAAGAUAGUCAAAUUGAAAUUUCAAGCGUGUUUGGAUACUACUUUUCAGAAGAAUCAAACCAGAGAAAACCCAGCUUUUCAACUUACUUAGGGCUUGCAACAGAAGAACCUAGAGAAACUAGUACAUUGCAAAGUUUAUGGGAACUAGUACCCCCAAAUUAAUUGACAUACGUCAAUAAUUUUUAAAUAUUAUAU